CGGCGGCUUGUGGCGCCCGGUGGCGGCCGCUGACUGCCGGCAGCUGGCUGCGGCGCUCCCCGCGGCCCGUCCCCGCCCCGCCGCGAUGGAGCUGCCGUGCGGAGCGCUGCGAGCCGCCCGCCAGGCGAGGGAGGCGGGGCAGAAAUUUGGAGCCUGCGUUCUUUAAGCCCGUCAGUAACUGAUGAACAACCUGGAGGUGCCAAGAGGAGUGGAUUUUCAUAUUCUUGUUUUAAGGUUCCUGACUUAUUUUUCUGUGGAUAGACCAUAGACCCCUCUGAAGUCAUCUUAGUGAGUUGUGGCCCCAGCUGGAUGUCAAGGGCGAAUCGUUACAGAAGUAGGGUUGUAACUUCCGAGCUUCUCGACCGAUGAGCUGCGAACAGAAGCUCGUCGAAAAAAUCUCCUCAUUCUAAUUUUGCAUUACUUAAUGGAGGAAGGAUACGUUGAUGCUGCAAAUGCUUUGGAACAAGAGACAACAUUAGGCUUACGUGGCUUUGAAGUUUGUGACAACAUUGAUCUUGAGACAGUUUUGAUGGAAUACGAAAGCUAUUACUUUGUAAAAUUUCAAAAAUAUCCUAAAAUUACCAAGAAGGUCCUGGACACCGCAGAAAACAAACAACAGCUGAGAACUGCAGGAAAAAACAGAAGGGCAACAAGCUCUUCUCAGAAUCUUCCAAGGACGAAACAUCAGACAAUGCAACGACCAUCAUCAAAAACUUCACUUGGAAGGACAACAGAACUUAAAUCAUCCACCAAAGAGAGCCCCAAACAGAAUAAUGACAGUGCAGUUACUCCAGAGCAAUCUGACUUUGGCUUAAGCAUCUCAGCAAUCAACAAAUCUGGAGGAGCAGGAGAAGGUCCUCACCCAAGAAGGGACCAAAUAAUUGACUUCAGUGGGACGGUACAAGAUGCUAUCAAAGUAUCAUCAAAUGGAAUAGCUUUGAACAGUCUUAAUUGGGAUCCAGAUCCAUCGGAGCGAUUAUUAAAACCCCUUAGUGCUUUUAUUGGCAUGACUGGUGAGAUGAGAGAACUCGCAACAGUUGUAAGCAAAGACAUCUACCUCCAUAAUCCAAAUGUGAAGUGGGAUGAUAUUAUUGGACUGGAUGCAGCUAAAAGGCUAGUCAAGGAAGCAGUUGUUUAUCCUAUAAGGUACCCACAGCUAUUUACAGGCAUUCUGUCUCCUUGGAAGGGUUUAUUGCUGUAUGGACCACCAGGUACUGGAAAAACAUUGCUUGCUAAGGCUGUUGCCACAGAAUGCAAUACAACCUUUUUCAACAUAUCAGCAUCCACCAUUGUCAGCAAAUGGAGGGGUGAUUCAGAAAAACUUGUCCGGGUGCUAUUUGAGCUUGCCCGGUACCAUGCUCCUUCCACAAUUUUCUUGGAUGAGCUGGAGUCAGUUAUGAGUCAAAGAGGCACUGUUUCUGGUGGUGAACAUGAAGGAAGUCGACGGAUGAAAACAGAAUUACUGGUGCAGAUGGAUGGCUUGGCCCGAUCUGAUGAUCUUGUAUUUGUUUUAGCAGCUUCCAAUCUGCCAUGCAGUGCGUGCCCGGUGUGUACGGUGGAGGACAGCGAGGAAGGAGAGCUGAGCGCAGUGUGGGGAAGCCCCAGGAGAAGCCGUGGACUUAGAACAAACCAUCAGCCUGUAGUGGCUCUGCUCAGGCCGCCUGCAUGGGAGGACAGGAGGGAGUUGGAUUCUGCCAUGCUGCGGCGGCUAGAGAAGAGGAUUUUGGUCGACCUUCCAAGUAAAGAGGCGCGGCAGGCGAUGAUCCAGCACUGGCUGCCCCCUCUGAGCAACAGUGGAGGAGUGGAGCUGAGAACAGACCUGGACUACAGCUUGCUGGGCCAGGAAACUGAUGGGUACUCUGGUUCAGACAUUAAACUCGUGUGCAAGGAAGCAGCCAUGAGACCAGUGAGGAAAAUCUUCGACGCUCUUGAAAACCAUCAGCAAGGUAGCAGUAACUUACCUGUGAUCCGACUGGACACAAUCACAACAGCAGAUUUCCUGGAUGUGAUUGCCCAUACCAAGCCAUCGGCAAAGAAGCUGAGCCAGAAGUACACAGCUUGGCAGAGAGAGUUUGAGUCAGUUUGAAGAGAAAAAUCCUAAAAGACUGAGAACUUAAAGGACUUUUGCUAUCCAAAAUGGCAUCUUUGUCACCUCCAAAGGACUGAAUGGUGAUGGAGAAGGAAGUGCUGUUGUUUUUGGGAGAGAAUGCCGUGAGAAAUGCCAGGUAGAAAUCUUUACUUUGAAAAUGCAGUGGAGGAGGGAGGCUUGUUUUUAUUAGCCAUUUUCAAUGACCAUUCAAAAAUAUUCUUUAUGGCAGUUGCUAUGUAAUGAAAACUCUAGCCUUAACUUUAUGUAUAAAGACUUAAAGCUUGAUUGAUUUUUAGUCUUUUUUCAUGGUAGUUGUUUACAGGUUUGGAGUACAAGAGCUGGAGCGGAAAGCUUGCUAAGAACAAUUAGAUGGUUAGUGUAAUUGUCCCUUUCUGAGACUCACUAACGCGCCACUAUCAGCACACCUCUACCAACAGAGGCUUGCAUGCCUUUUUAAUGAAGCAAAAGUGAUUGUUUUCAAUGAAAUUCAGUUUAAUAGUGCCUGGUAAACUUUGUUAGU